GCGAAGGACGAUUACAGACAGUUCGAACUUGGACGUCGCACGAAAACGUCGUAUAGAGCGCUUUCGUUACGAGUGAUGUUUAAAGUGUCGUAGAAAGGAAAUCAGUAUUUUUUUAUCUAUCAUACAAUUACUCUUGAUAAUCAAUAUAAACAGAGCAAUAGCAAACGAUAUAACAUUAAAGAGAAUUCCGAAAUGAAUUUAUCGUUUGCUGGAUGUGGCUUCCUUGGUAUUUACCACGUUGGUGUGGCAGUGUGCUUCAAGAAAUACGCUCCACACAUUCUUUUGGAUAAGAUUAGUGGUGCAUCGGCUGGUGCUAUCGCUGCUUGUUGUCUUCUUUGUGACUUACCCCUCGGGGAAAUUACAAGUAAUGUUUUGCGCGUUGCGCGUGAAGCACGGCAGCGAACCCUCGGCCCAUUUAGUCCAUCGUUUAACGUUCAAGAAAUAUUGUUAGAAAGUUUACAAAAGUUCCUUCCAAAUGAUGCCCACAUUCGAGUAAGCGGUAAACUACAUGUCUCCUUGACCAGAGUAUACGAUGGAAAAAAUGUAAUCGUGUCACAGUUUUCUUCUAGGGAAGAUUUAUUGCAGGCUUUGUUAGCAAGUGCAUUCAUUCCCAUCUUUUCUGGUCUCUUACCGCCACGAUUUCACGGUAUUAGGUAUAUGGAUGGUGGUUUCAGUGACAAUCUUCCCACUCUUGAUGAAAAUACAAUUACUGUUAGUCCUUUCUGUGGUGAGAGCGAUAUUUGUCCAAGAGAUGUUUCCUCUCAACUGUUCCAUGUGAAUUUUGCAAAUACAAGUAUAGAGCUUUCAAGACAAAAUAUAUACAGAUUUGCAAGGAUACUUUUUCCACCUAAUCCAGAGAUCCUUUCAAACAUGUGUAAACAAGGAUUUGAUGAUGCAUUAAGAUUUCUUCAUCGCAAUAAUUUACUUAAUUGUACUCGAUGUCUUGCAGUACAGUCCACGUUUGUUGUCUCAGAAACUCUUGAUGAUAAUAUGGAUUAUGAUCCUGAAUGUUUAGAAUGUAAAAUGCAUAGACAGGAAGCAUUGGUGUCAAAUUUACCUGAGACAGUUAUGACUAUAUUUCAAGAUGCAAUUGAUUCUGCCAAUAAGGGGUUGAUUAAUUGGUUAUUCAAACAUAAAAGUGUAAAACUUUUGUCAUUGCUUAGCUUACCAUACACCUUACCAGUAGAUGUAGUAUAUGCAACUCUCACUAAUUUUAUCGGUAACAAGAUAGAAACUCGUUCGUUGGAAUUCAAAGUAAUUGGCCGUAUUCUUCAUACACAUCCACAGAUGAUUUCUUGUACUAAACAUAUGACAUCUUCUCGAUUCAUUUUGAACGUUCCCAAAUUGAGAAGAAACUUGCUAGAAUUAGGAACAUUCUUUUUGGAUCAAUUAAGUAUAAUAUUCCCCAAAAUCCAUGUGUAUUAUCAACAAAUGCCACAAACUAUUAAGUGUCAAUUGGCUAUAACAGAGUAUGGAUCAAAUAUAUACGAUAUGGAGGCAACAAAAAAGACUGACAAUGUGUAUAAAAAUAAAAAAAAUCUGAAUUUAACAUUACAAUACAAUGAAUUACAACCCUGGAAAGACCAUAACAAUAAAUCAAACUGUGUUAUAAAUAUGUCUGAUCUUUCAACUGUUGAUGAUACGUUCGAAAAUAUUUUGCAAGUAACGUCUGAACAAGAAGCGGUGAUGGCGUAUUACUACAUGGAUGAAAAUAACAAAGUGCAGGUGACAGAAAUAUUUGAUGUCACAGAUACAGAAUCACAUGCAGUGUUAUCUGUAGACGAGGUAGAAAAUAAUACAAAAUUACAAUUUGAUGAGUGGGAUGAACCUACAUGGUUAUCUCAGCAUACAUUUAAUGACGUUGUUACCGAAUCUCUAUAUACAGACGGAAACCAACAAAGUAUAGAAAAUUUAUCAGAAAUAUCUUUAGAGGAUGACAUUUUGGGUGGUUUAAAUACCUCUUCUGAUCCAGAAAGUGAAUGGGAAAUAAGCAAAGAUUUACAAACUGCAAAAGCAUUAAGUACACCAAAUACUGAGAUAGAAAUGGAUUAACCAUUAUUAAAGGUUUAAAAUAAGAUAAUUUUUUAUAAUUAUUGAAAUGAUGUAUGAGUGCGUUUGUUGAUUUAUAUUUAUAAUCAAUAUCAUGAAGUGUAUGUAUACUUCUGUAGUCAAUGAUAUUGAUGACAUUAUAGUGAGAAGAGUUAUUACCAAUGCUCAAUACUGAUAAAUUUUUAUAACGCUUAAAGAACAUUAUUUGAAAAACACAAAAGAUAUAGAUAGAUAUGUAUAUAAAACUGAUUAGUUUUAUAAAAGGAAAGUUGUAAUUUAUAAUCUGUGUUAUGCACUAAUAAAUGCAAGAUACAGUACAAAUAACCUAUAAAGAAGCGAUAUGUAUCUUCAGCAGAGCAUGCACAGUAUUUUAUUAUUAAUGAAGUUUGAUAGGCAAAGUCUAAUAUUGUUACUAUAUACUUGCAAAGCAGGUAUUGGUAGAUCUCCGAUAAAGAGACUGAUUAUAGAAAAAAUGUACAUCAUAUAAUACAGACAAAUUUAUCUCUACUCUAAUUCCAUGUUAAUUUACGGUUUGCACAUGUAAAUAUCAAGUGUUAAUACGUUCGAUGAAGAACGUACAUACAUUAAAAAAAUUAUGGCACUUAUUGUUAACUAAGUUAUUUUAUGAAUUUUUUUUGUUACAUUUUAUAAAGAAAAAGAGGAAAUAUUCUAUGUAAAUAUUUUUAUAAACAAAUGGAAUGUUCCCAAAUUAUUUAUACAACUAUAUCUUGUGAUAAAUACUUAGUGGAAUGAUAAAAUCAGUUAUAUAAAUUAGAGUAGGGAAAAUACAAUUUUUGAAUGCAUACAGCUGGAACUGAAUGCCAAUUAACAAACAGAGCUUUUAUAUUGUUUAUUACUGACAUAAUCAUUGUUGAGGAUAAUUACACUAAUUAUAAUAAUUAGAGAAUGGGUCGUUUCCUAUAUGUUAAAACCACCAUAAUGAGUCGAGUACUAUUGUAUGAUAAAAGCUUUAUAUCAAUAAUUAAACAACACAUAUUUAA